AUGGCGUCCAGGCCGAAGCGGCGCGCCGUGGGCGGUGGGAGCCCGCAGGCGCCCGGCGCCCCGGUCCCGAGCCCCGAGGAGGAAGAGAACGAGGAAACGGAGGACCAGGACGACGACGACGACGACGAAGGGGACAGCGACGAGGAAGAGGAUGAAGACGAGGUUGUGGGCGAGGAAGUGAACGUUGAGUUUGAAGCUUUCUCCAUCUCAGACAGCGAUUAUGACGGAAUUAAGAGAUUGCUGCAGCAGCUUUUCCUAAAGGCACCUGUAAACACCGCGGAGCUAACGGAGCUCUUGAUCCAGCAGAGCCACAUCGGGAGUGUGAUUAAGCAAACGGAUGUUUCAGAAGACAGUGACGAUGAUGUGGACGAAGAUGAGGUUUUUGGUUUCAUAAGUCUUCUCAAUCUAACUGAGCGCAAGGGGACCCCGUGUGCCGAGCAGAUCAAAGCGCUGGCUCUGCGCGGCUGUGCGAAGAGCUGUGAGAAGAGCGUGGUGGAGCAGCUGGACAAGCUCCUCAACGACAGCUCCCGGCCCGUGGGCCUGCUCCUGAGCGAGCGCUUCAUCAACGUCCCCGCGCAGGUCGCGCUGCCCCUGCACCGGCAGCUCCAGAAAGAGCUGGCAGAGGCACACAAGACCAACAAGCCCUGUGGGAAGUGUCACUUCUACCUUCUGAUCAGCAAGACGUUUGCGGAAGCAGGAAAAAACAAUUCCAAAAAGAACCAGAGCAGCCAAAAGAAAGAUGAGUUAAUGUUUGCAAAAGCAGAGGAAGAAUUUUUCUACGAGAAGGCGGCCCUGCGGUUCAGCUACUCGGUGCAGGAGGAGAGCGACUCCUGUCUGGGCGGCCGGUGGUCCUUCGACGACGUCCCGAUGCAGCCACUGCGCACCGUGAUGCUGGUGCCGUGUGACCGGAUGGGCGAGGUCAUGGCCGCGCUGGAGGAACACCUGUCUGUUUAG